GUAUGUGGGCACAUUCAAUGACGGUUCAGGAUUACCAGGAUCUCAUAGACAGAGGAUGGCGAAGAAGUGGAAAGUAUGUCUACAAACCUAUCAUGAAUCAAACGUGUUGUCCUCAAUACACAAUAAGGUGCCAGGCUUUGCGUUUUCAAGCCUCCAAAUCUCACAAGAAAGUUCUGAAGAAAAUGUUGAAAUUUAUUUCCAAAGGAGAUGUUUCGAAAGUAGUGCAUGGAGAAGAGCCUAUGGAUUCCCAUGUAGAGGAUGUGGUCACGUGUGAUUUUGCAUACAAAAGUGAAUCUCAUGUCAGUCCGUCCGAUCUGACUCCCCUGAGUGUGGAUCACACAGAGAGGGUGGAAAAUGAAGACAAGGACACAGGAGAAGCAAAAGAAGAGGUGAACGAGCAGAAGGCAGAAUUGGAUUCUCUUCAGAUAUGUGCAGUUAAAGACACACCAGUCCCUGGAGGACCAUCACAUUCGGCUAAAAUUGUUCAUGCACCACCGAAGCCAGGUAAAGUGGCUGAUCUGAGCAAGCCACCAUGUCGGAAAGCGAAGGACAUACGGAAAGAAAGAAAACUGCAGAAACUCCUUCAGAACCAGAUGUGCACAUUUGAAGGCUCCCAGCUUCCAGCUGGAGAUCAAGUUUUCCUCUCGCAAAACUCUAAAUCUAAAACAAACCAACCUAAAACCAUUGAAGACUUUGUUUUUUUCUCUUUACCUGAUGAUGCACCACACAAAUUAGAGUUCACACGAUUCCUCUGCGAGUCUCCUCUGGAGGCAGAGAAUGCACCAGAUGGACCAGAAUGUGGCUAUGGAUCUUUCCACCAGCAGUAUUGGCUGGAUGGGAAGAUAAUUGCUGUCGGUGUAAUUGAUAUCCUGCCCUACUGCGUGUCCUCUGUCUAUCUGUACUACGAUCCAGACUAUUCUUUCUUAUCUUUGGGAGUCUACUCUGCGUUACGGGAAAUCGCUUUUACUCGACAGCUUCAUGAAAAAGCUCCCGAUCUCUGUUUUUAUUAUAUGGGUUUCUACAUCCAUUCGUGCCCCAAAAUGAGAUACAAG